GGUUGUUCGCCUCCAGUCUCUUUGACGCCAGAGCAGGAGAGAGACGAGGAGCGGGGGAAAGACGGAUAGAAAAAAAGGAAAAAAAAAAAUCCUCCUUCAUGUUAACAGUGUUUGUAAAGAAGAGGAAAGGUCGAGGGACGCCGCGACAUUUAUCAGAGGUGCUGUUCCAUAAAUUUGCCCUUUCCCCUGCAUAUCCUGUGUUUAGCAUGGAUUAGGCCAGCUGUUCUUUACGCAAUCUGCAGCUAACCAUCAGUUUAAGAGCAGUUCCAAGCAUCAGUUCAUUCCCUACAUUGCCCCUUGCACCAGUUCCUGAGUGGUUGUGACCCGGUUACACCCCCAUCCCCCCCUCCCCUUCCCACCCCCUCCACUGCAGGCCUUCCUGAGCACCAGCAGCUGCGUCCUGCCUCAGUUUCCUGUCCUUGGCCGUGCAAGGCUAAAGCCCCUCCACUCCCUACGUACACCCCCUAACAUACAAACAUAGCCAUCCUCCUGGCCCAGUGCAGCAAGACUAGCAGUUCAACUCCCUUUUCCUGGUGCGCCGUGGCACGAUGACCUCUAUGUCCAGCCUGUUUUCAUUCACCAGCCCAGCGGUGAAGCGCCUGCUGGGCUGGAAACAAGGUGACGAAGAAGAGAAAUGGGCAGAGAAGGCUGUGGAUGCGCUGGUUAAGAAGCUGAAGAAAAAGAAAGGUGCUAUGGAGGACUUGGAGAAGGCCCUGAGCAGCCCAGGGCAGCCUAGCAAGUGUGUGACCAUCCCACGUUCACUGGACGGUCGCCUGCAGGUGUCCCACAGGAAGGGCCUCCCCCACGUCAUCUAUUGCCGUGUGUGGCGCUGGCCUGACUUGCAGUCCCACCACGAGCUCAAGCCCCUGGAGGUGUGUGAAUAUCCAUUUGGCUCCAAACAGAAAGAAGUGUGCAUCAACCCUUACCACUACAAAAGGGUGGAAAGUCCCGUGCUUCCUCCAGUGCUGGUGCCUAGACACAGUGAAUUUAACCCCCAGCACAGCCUUCUAGUGCAGUUCCGCAACCUUAGCCACAAUGAACCGCACAUGCCUCUGAAUGCCACCUUCCCAGAGUCUUUCCAGCAGCACAGUGGAGGUGGCUCCUUUCCAAUCUCACCGAAUUCACCUUAUCCACCCUCUCCUGCCAGCAGUGGCACAUACCCCAACUCUCCUGCCAGCUCGGGCCCAUCCAGCCCCUUCCAGCUUCCAGCUGACACCCCUCCCCCUGCCUAUAUGCCUCCAGAGGAGCAGAUGGGGCAGGAUGGCACUCAGUCCAUGGACACUGGCAGCAGCGUGGUACCUCAGAAUAUGCCCAGAGGCGAUGUACAGCCAGUUGAGUAUGAAGAGCCCAGCCACUGGUGCUCCAUUGUGUACUAUGAGCUGAAUAACAGAGUGGGUGAGGCUUACCACGCCUCCUCUACCAGCGUUCUUGUGGAUGGCUUCACUGACCCAUCCAACAACAAGAACCGUUUCUGCCUGGGCCUGCUCUCCAACGUCAACCGCAACUCUACCAUUGAAAACACUCGCCGCCAUAUUGGCAAGGGUGUCCACCUGUACUAUGUUGGAGGAGAGGUGUACGCGGAGUGUUUGAGCGAUACCAGCAUUUUUGUUCAGAGCAGGAACUGCAACUACCAUCAUGGUUUCCACCCCACCACUGUCUGCAAGAUCCCCAGUGGCUGCAGCCUCAAGAUCUUCAACAACCAGGAGUUUGCCCAACUUCUCGCCCAAUCUGUUAACCAUGGCUUUGAGGCUGUCUAUGAGCUAACAAAGAUGUGCACCAUUCGUAUGAGCUUUGUAAAGGGUUGGGGGGCUGAAUACCACCGACAAGAUGUGACCAGCACCCCCUGCUGGAUAGAAGUCCAUCUGCAUGGUCCUCUUCAGUGGCUGGAUAAAGUACUGACUCAAAUGGGCUCUCCUGUGAACCCCAUCUCUUCAGUUUCCUAAUGUUGGGCCCUCCAUGGGCUGGGAGGAUAUUUUUAUGUGGAUUUUUGUUCAUUGCUUUUUUUUCUCCGGUUUGAAAGAAAAGGAGGUCUUAAGGGCUGAACUGUUUACACUACUUGCUAAAGGGGCAUAGAACCCUGAAGCAGUCUGAAACGAUGAGAGAAAAAAACUGAGGCUACAAGCACAUUUAGAAGAGGAAAUUUCUAGGCAGUGGCAUACAAUGGACUAACUACUGCUUUAGCAAUUGCCUUCAUGUUUGUUUUAAACUUAUGCUUGUAUGAGUGAUUUUAUUUUCUCUAUCUGUAGGUAAUCUUGUAGUUGAAUGAAAUAAUUUCAUGUAUCUUUACUUCAUCUUACACAAGUCAGAAUGGCAAUCUUCUGAUUCUAUAAGAAUCUUUUUACUUGCUGUGUUGUCUAAUCCCAUUUAUUAUCAAGUAAGACAUAGUCUAUUUUAUGUUUACUAUUAGACUCUGCUCACUACAGUUGUUUCCUUUUUAUAGCUUUUAUUGCCUUUAGGCAAAAACACAAAGUUACUGCUUUUAAAUAAAGUCUCUAUCUGAUGAAAUUCA